AUGCAGCUAUCAUUGACCCAAGCAUCUACCUGGAAGUGUACGUUGCUGUUGAUGUCAUGCAUCAUCCUGUGGGUAUAUGUGACUGCCACACCACAUGACCAGAUGUCCAAUGAAGAGUUGUAUGACAACCUGUUUUACUGGUCUCAUCGCACCCUUGGAGUUGCCCGAAAGAUGUAUAAAAUUUUAGACUCAACGUUAACUGAGAGAAUGUGUUUUAAGAAUAAAAACAACAAUACCUGCCAAACCACUUCUAACUAUACUAUUACAAAUAAUGAAGACCUUCUAAAAUUCAUCAUCAAUGUUUCAAAUGCCUGGAUAUAUCCACUGAAAAUCCUUGCACCUGCAGUGUUGACCCACUUAGACGCCUAUGAUGGCAUGCUGGGAAGAGCUGUAGAAGUUAACUAUGGAAAUAAACAAGUUCUGAAGGGAGCAAAAAUUUUACUCAGUAGGAUUCAGCCUGGAAUUGAAGAAAAUUACUACCCUAACUGGAUAGACCUAAAAGAAUUGAGGUCCUCCAAUGAAAGGACUCACCUUCUUGCAUUUUGUAAACUCUUCUACUGCCUGCGCAAGGAUACCAAGAAGAUUGUUUGUUAUCUCAGGGCCCUGAGGCAUGGUGUAAUCAAAAACAAGUGCUAA